UUCAAACGGGGAGGGUGUACGACCGUUGUCAGUGCGCGUGGAGUGACUGACCGUGUUGGGCCCUAGUGUGCGCUGGGGUCCCGAAGCCUGUAGUGUGCCUUGCGGUGGACUGUGGUGCGGGAUGUGGCUGUGACGAGUGUGUGUGUGUUGUGUUAGUGACCCCGUGUUGCUGCUGUACUGAGAUAAGGCGUCGGCAAUGCUGAAACACGUGACCUACCGCUCCACCUCCUCCCUGGGGCGCCUCACCUCCGACCUCACCUGCCGGGGCUCGAGCGGCGUGCCCCCGGAUACCCUCAGCUUGAAAGGGGACAUCGCGCCCUCGACCCCGCGAUCCCCUGACACGCUAUCCCUUAAGGGCGAGCCGCUGGGGGACACUGUGAGCCUUAAGGAUGAGCCCCGACAUGCCCGCCUCGCCCUGAAGGAUUUCCAGGAUACCAUAAGUCUGCAUUCCACUCUGAGCUUCUCGUCCUUGGCAACGGGAAGGUUAUCCUCGAGAUGCUCCUCAACUUCCUCCUUGAGUGAGGCGCCCGCGACGCCGGUGAAGGUGUACCUGCGGGCGCUGCGUCCGGACAUGGAGUACAAGACGCUGAGCCUGUCCUCGGGCGCCACGUGCCGCCAGCUGGUGCUGAUGCUGCUCGCCAAGUUCCGGCUGCGGCACCGCGACCCCAACCUCUUCUUCGUGACCAUGGAGGUGACGGUGCGCGUCCCGGGGGUCGGCGCCCCCGCGCGGCGCCUGCUGGUGCUGGACGACCAGGCGCGGCCCGCGGAGCUGCAGCAGUGCCGCCCGCGGGGCGAGGCGCGCUUCAGCGUGGGCGUGCGGCGCGGCGGCCUCGUGCGUGUGCACGACGGGAUCCUCAUGCCUGGGUCGCAGUACAAGUCGCUGCUGGUCUCGUACCGCACCACGGCGGAGGAGCUGGUGCAGCUGAUGCUCAACUGCUACAACAGCAAGGAGAGCCCCGCGCGCUACGCCGUGCACGAGGUGUGCGAGAAGCCCUACAGCGACCGUCCGCUGCGGCGCGACGAGUACCCGCUGCUGGUGCAGAGCGAGUGGCCGAGGGCGCUGCGGCCCCGCCUCUCGCUGGUGCUGCGGCGCACCGCCGCCUACGGCAUCGGCCUGCAGCCUAGGGUGGCCUGGCGCCGCAGCCUCGACCACUCCGGCACCGACACGGAGUCCGAGCACGAGGACCACAACACCACCAUCGGCAGCCUCCACUCCACCUCCAGCGUCUCCUCCGCCCUCAGCAUAUCCUCGGGCGCCAGCGUGUCGUCGGGCGCCAGCCUGUCCUCCAACGCCAGCACGUCCUCGGGCGCCAGCCUGUCCUCCAACGCCAGCACGUCCUCGGGCGCCAGCCUGUCCUCCAACGCCAGCACGUCCUCGGGCGCCAGCGUGGACUCAAGCGUCAGUGUGUCGUCGGCCGCCAGCCUGUCCUCCGAUGUGUCCACGUCCUCGGGCGUGUCCUCGGCCUCGUCCUCACCCACGUCCUCGGGCGUGUCCUCGGCCUCGUCCUCUCCCACGUCCUCGCCCGCCAAGCCCAAGCCCCCAAGCCCUGCCACUCAGCCCCAGCCCGCCAAGGUGACGGCCAAGCCCCCCAUGCCCACCCCGCCCCACGGCAAGCCCCCCGCGGCCUGCCGGACCACCAGCCUGCCGCCCAUGCCGGUGCCCAGGACGAUCCUCAACACCGCCCCCGCCCUCAGCGCCUCCCUGCCCACGCUGCAGGGCGGCGAGACCCGACCCAGCGCCCCCACCGCUCCCACGCCUACCCCCGCCACCCCCACGCCCAUCCCCGCUGCCUCCACUACCUCCACGCCGCCCGCGACGCCCCCCAGGACCGUCAUGUUCCCGGGAGAGGGCAAGCCGCCCCCCCUGCCCCUGAGGCGGACGUCAUGCUGCCGGAACUACAAGAACUGUUUCUACAUCUGAGCGGCCAGUCAGUCCCCGCAGCCCCGGAGAUUCAUGCCAAAGAUUAGGUAGUAAAGUCCAGUGAGGCGACAGUCAGGUGCCUUGAGGGACGCCGAGGCCUUUGGGGGCACGCGAGAGCCACCAGGAGGAGCCAGAGGGAGCCACGCCGCGUAAUGAGUGUGUUUAGUGAGCUCUGAGGGCGCCUGUGUGUGCGUGGGUGUUAAUGGUGCUGUGGAGGAGUAGGAGGUGGAGGGAGAGUGGAGGAGGAAGAGGACGCGGUGGAAAUGAAAAUGAUGGAAAGAAAGAUGGUGAGAAGGAAGAGGAGGAGGUGGAAGAGGGGAAACUAGUGACGAACUUAAGGAGGAGAAGGAGGAGGAAGAGGAAGAGAAGUGAAAGAAAACUAUAUGGAAAAGAAGAAAAAUAAGAAGGCGGAGGAAUAGAAGAUCAAUGAAAAACUCUAUUGGGGGAGGAAGAAGAGAAGGAGGAACAAGUGUAGAAAGAAAGGAAGAGAAGUAAAUAUGAAGAAAAAGAGAAACGAGAGAAGAAAAAGGGGAGGAGAAGGAGGAGGAAGAGGACGAAGAAAACCAGUGAAAAACAAAACAAAAGAAGAAGAAAAUGCGUAAAGAAAUAGGAAAAAAUAUGAAAAAGUGAAAAUAAUGACUGAAAACGAAGAGAGAGAAACGAAGGAAGAAGAAAAGUAAAGGAGGAGAAAGGGAAAAGAGAGAAAAAAAGAAGAGAAUACAUUAAAGAAGAGAAAUAGAAGUUAGUUAAGUGAAAUCAAAUGAAGUUACUAUCCAUUUUUCUUAUUAUUAUUACAUUAAGUUCAUAACCAAAUAUUGCAACCAUGACCUGAGGAGAAGGUGAAACAAACAAACAAACAAACAAAACCGGUGCUGAUACGCCUAUGAACAAUGAUGAUGAUGAUAGUGAAAAUGUGAAGAUGCAGUGAUUAACCGAGUGGAAGAGGAGGAAGGGAGGAAGAAGAGGGUGGAGGAAGUGGAGGAAACAAAGGCUUGACAUGGGAAAGUGGAGGAGGAGGAGGAGGAAGGAGGAAGAAGAAGGAAACACC